AUACAAAUAUAGAAUCCCUUUGAGAAACAUUUUAUACUUAAUUUAGUGACUGAAGUUGCAGUAUGAACAAAAUGCCUCUACUGUACUGAUAAACUUCAGUCAUUUUAGUGUAAAUCUGUAUAUCAUAUACUAGUAUAUGACUUGUUAUUCAACCAUGAAUGUUGUAAACAUAUUACUAAUUGUCUUUUCUGUUUUCUAUCUACUUAUUCUUUCAUGUUAUGGAGCUGACACUAUCACUGGAAACGGGUAUGUAACUGGGGACCAAACGAUUGUUUCUGCGACAGGGCUGUUCGAGCUAGGCUUCCACAAACCAGGUAACACUUCCAACUAUUACAUAGCCAUAUGGUAUAAGAAAAUUCCUGGAAAGGCUGUAAUUUGGGUUGCUAAUAGAGAUAAGCCGGUUUCUGACAAGUAUACAUCGAAUCUAAGAAUCUUGAAUGAUGGUAAUAUUGUUCUUGUUACUAAAGGGUUUAAGGAACCAAUCUGGUCCACAAACUUGAAGUACAACAGCUCUAGACCUGUAGAGGCUGUCCUCCUAGAUAAUGGGAAUCUCGUUAUAAGGGACGGGUCUAAUUCAAGUUCUCCUCUUUGGCAGAGUUUUGAUCAUCCAACUGAUACACUUAUGCCUGAUGGUAAGUUAGGACUGAAUAAACUUUCAAAGUCGAGUCAAGUUCUUACAUCUUGGAAGAACUUGGAGGAUCCUGGGAAAGGUCUUUUUACUGUAGAGCGCGAUCCUAAUGCUAAUCAGUUUAUUAUGAUGUGGAACAGAACUGAGCAAUAUUGGACUAGUGGCCUGUGGGAUCCUGAACAGAGGAUUUUUAGCUUAGUUCCGGAACUCAGGUUUCUGAAAACACAGCUGUAUAGCUUCAGUUAUGUUGAUAAUGAGAAUGAGAGUUACAUAACUUAUUCUGUUCAUAACCCUUCCAUUGUAACAAGGUUAGUCAUGGAUGUUUCAGGGCAGCUUAAGCAGCUUACAUGGCUGGAAAAUUCCCAGCAAUGGGUUUUGUUUUGGUCACAGCCUGGACAGCAGUGUGAAGUAUAUUCGUAUUGUGGUACUUUCGCUAUUUGUAACCAAUCAUCUCUGCCAUAUUGUCAUUGUUUGCAAGGUUUUGAGCCAAUUUCAGCAACGGAGUGGAAUUUAAAUGAUUACUCUGGUGGGUGUGCUCGGAAGACAAAAUUAUCAUGUGAUGGUGGCCAAAAUGGAGACAAGUUCUUGGUAAGUCCUAAUAAAGUAUUACCGGAACAUCCACAUUCUGUCUCAGCUUCUAAUGUCACAGAAUGUGAAUCAAUUUGUGUAAGAAAUUGCUCUUGUACUGCUUAUGCAUUCGAUGAUAAUGGUUGUUUCAUUUGGUUUAUAGACCUCUUGAACAUGAGACAACUAUCUUACAAUAGUGGUAAAAAUCUUCAUAUUAGGCUUGCAGCCUCAGAUGUAGAUGUCCAAACAAGCAGGAGUAAGAAAAUAGUUAUUGAUAUUUUAGUAGGCUUAGGUAUGGGGUUGGUAGCACUAUUUGGCCUGGUUUAUGCUGUUUAUUGGAGACAGAGACAGCGCUUGAUCAUAGCUACAAAAAAUAUGCAGCACUCAUUGGCACGAUUUGCGUAUAGAGAUCUGCAAUCUGCCACCAAGAAUUUCUCUCAGAAACUCGGAAGUGGAGGCUUUGGAUCUGUGUUUAAAGGAAUUUUGCCAGACUCAACAGUUGUAGCUGCAAAGAAACUUGAAAGUGUCAAUCAUACUCAAGGGGAGAAGCAAUUUAGAGCAGAAGUAAGUGCAAUUGGGACGAUACAACAUGUUAAUCUUGUUCGUCUUUGUGGGUUUUGCUCAGAAGGCUCUCAGAGGUUAUUGGUUUACGAAUAUAUGCCAAAUGGAUCAUUGAACACUCAUCUUUUCAAUAGAGAAAUCUCGCAGAUUCUGAGCUGGAGAGUGAGAUAUCAAAUAGCUACCGGAACAGCAAGGGGAUUGGCUUAUCUACAUGAAAAAUGCAGGGAUUGUAUUAUACACUGUGACAUUAAGCCAGAAAAUAUUCUGUUGGAUGCUGAGUUUUGUCCAAAAGUUGCAGAUUUUGGGUUAGCAAAGCUAGUAGGAAGGGAUUUUAGUCGUGUUCUGACGACAAUCAGAGGUACAAGAGGCUACUUGGCGCCAGAAUGGAUCUUAGGAGAUGCAAUAACAGCAAAAGCUGAUGUUUAUAGCUAUGGGAUGAUGCUCUUCGAGCUUAUUUCAGGCAGAAGAAACAUUCAACUAGCAAGUGAAGGGAGGUUUGAUUUCUUCCCAACUUGGGCUAUGGAAAAACUAACUGAAGGAGAAGAUAUUUUGAGCAUUCUAGACCCGCAGUUAGAAGGAGAUGCUGAAAAGGAUGAAGUGUUGCGAAUUUGCAAACUUGCAAGCUGGUGCAUCCAAGAUGAAGAGAGUGAGAGGCCAUCAAUGGGACAGGCUAUACAGGUUCUCGAGGGAUUUUUGGAUGUCGAUAUGCCUAGAAUCCCACGAUCUCUCCGAAUGUUUGGGAAUAAUGCAGAAAGUCCAAUAUUUCUCAGUGAGUUCUCAUCAAGUCAGUAUACAACUGAAACUACUGGCUUUGCAUCAGCUACUUCUGAUAGUCAGGACACCUCCUCAUAUAUGACUGUUACCUCUCAAGUGUAGCUUCAUUAGAUUAUCUAUUGUAUUGCUUUUUUAGCCAUGAUUUGUAAUGCUUUCAUAUGAAUUUUUGUCAAUAAAGGUCUAUUCUUCAAUGUAACUAAAUGAUAUUCCUCUAAGCUAUCUUCCUACAUAAUAUAACACCAAUGCCAAACAGUUUCA